GACUUCGAAUACGCCAAGUUCACCAAACCAAGUGAUUGGGAUAAGUGGUUAGAAGCGUUCAAGAAGAAGGCAGAACAUGCAGGAAUAUACGACUUCGUCAAUCCGAAUCACCGGCAACGACGACCUUGGCCUACUGAACCAGAACUACCACAAUUCGCCGACUUCCAGAAGAAAUCGUCACGGCGUGGAGGCAACAGCACCCACCGCAACGACGACAACGCACCGGAAAUAAUCAGGGACCAUGGAUCUAUCGCUCAAUCAGUCAGCCGCAGAGCAGCUCAAAGGCGUGCCGCUGCAGCUGCCAAAAGAUCACAAACCACCGGAAGGUCACAGAUUGAAGAAAGUGAUCACAACCCAGAUAUCGACAACGAUCAAAACGACGACGAUCCUCUAUCAUAUGAAGAUGAAGAUGAAGAGGAAGAGGAGGAAGAACCUGUACGCAACAGGGUUACGCAAUUCUCGGACCUUACGACAGUUGGCCAAGCAAAUUGGAAGAUUGCGUUCGAGCUGUACAAGGCCAACCUCAGUGUAUAUAACGCGAAGACCAAUGCCAGAUCAGCCUUUUCCAACUGGGUUUUCAAGAGUAUCGGUCCAAACUAUCAGCAUAUCACUAAAGGGCGCGAUCUUCCAGAAAUCUACCAGGCAAUCAAAGACCAAUGGCUACCCUUCCGAAAGAAUAUCGCGAAAGACGAUCGAAGGCUUAGCGAAUGGAUCACGCGAUGGCAGAAGCUGGUAAACGACGGUGUUGAGCACAAGAUUCCUCAGAUCGCCACACCAAGCUCAUGGUUCGAAGACCUUGUGGACGCUUUAAAGAAUACCACUAAUGGAAAGAUAUGGGUACUUGGAGAGCUUGCCACUCUGGAGGACGAUAUCCUUGAA